AUGAGCGACCAAGAACCUGCACGGAUGAUACGUGUAGCGAGCAAAAAUGAGAAGCGUCACAUUAUUCGUCAUGAAUUGGGUUUCUAUCAUGCAUUGACUCUGGCGGGUCUCUACGUACUUCACGACACAGACCGUUCGUUUGAUGGACAAGGCAUCGACUACUUCAUCCCGGCUUUAAAGCACUGCAUUGCUACUCAUCCUAUCUUAAGUGCCGCGAUUCAAGGGAAAAACACAGAAGAUUAUACUUUCAUUCGGCCCGCGAACCUGGAUAUUCAGGACCACUUGCGAGUGAUACAUGCGGCUCCGUCCGCAGAAUCCUCUUUGCCCAAGGACGACCUGCAGUGGAUCACUUGGAUUAACAAAAACAUACACGAUGAACCUUUCGUUCAGGUUGACCAACGACCUCCAUGGAAAGUAUACAUUGUUCCGCUCGGAAAUGAUAAAACCACACCAGGAACACAGCGUGUUUACAUCAUUUUUGCCUAUUCUCAUUCCCACGGUGAUGGAAAGUCCGGCCUAAUCUUCCACAGGACCUUCCUGGAAGGCCUCAAAAUCGGACAUACUUUGUAUGAUCAAAGUUAUACCUACCAGCCGCCUGUAUCUCCUAUCCCUCCAACGUUAGAGGAAGCUUGCGACUUUAACAUAACCUGGCCUUAUUUAAUACUGAAUCUAUUCGCCAGUUCUAUGCCGACUAGUCUGUGGAGGUGGUUUGGCUUCCAGCCGCCACUUAUAUCCAAUACCUGGACCGGAAAAGUUAUAUCGCAUGACCCUGCCAACUUUAGCACAGGUUCAGAAGCCCUCUUAGUUAACAAAUCCCUCGUUGACUCGGUCUUGAGGGUGUGCAGAAAGAAGGGUGUUAAAUUCACUGGCUUGCUUAAUCAACUCAUUGUUCACGCCCUGGACAGUAUCCUACCGGAAGACAAGACAGCUCAGUCCUUCAUCGGUCAGAUUGUCGUUGACCUCAAGCCACUUAUUCCUCGCUACAAUGAAAAUGAAAUGGCUAAUUGUGCCUCGGCUCUUCUUGAGAUCUCUGGUCGAUCUUAUCCGACUACUACUCUGAAACAUGAUGCUGCAUUCUGGAAUGCUGUGCGUCAGACAACAAUUGACCUUGCAAAUUGCGCAAAUACUCUUACAAAUCAACCCAUUGGCUUGUUACGUUAUGUCCCUGGACUUCGCUCAUGGAUGACACAAAAAUUGGGGGGAGAUCGUGAAUCAUCGUAUGAAAUCAGCAACCUUGUCACUUUUGACCCGCGAUCGCCAGAAAGGUCUGUGGAUAUUGAUGUGUCAAAACUUGAAGACUGGAACAUUGAAAGGAUGAUAUUUUCGCAACCGGCAAAUGCUCUUGGGAGUGCGCUGGACUUUCAGGUUGUGUCUAUGAAGGGUGGUGAGAUGGUGAUUACUUUGAACUGGCAAAUUGGAGUAUUGGGUGUGCCUUAUGAGGAUGGGUUUGCCAGAAAGGUCCUGGACCGUAUUCAUAGUUCACUCACUGAGAUAUGCCAAUCUUAA